CUGCCCUCCCAUCAGGAAGGAGGUGAAACAGAGAGCUCGUAGUUCUUCUACCCUUUGGCAAUGACUUCCUUACCUCUCGAUAAACUUGAACAUUUGUGUGUUCCAAUUCUGCAUUCGGAAGGAAGAAUUAAAUAUUUCAUCAUCAAAAACUUCAAAUCAGCGUUUUCUAGACCUAAUUGUGCAGUUCCCUCUCUCUCGGUGUAACAGUAUUUUGAUUGCUAAUGCGGUUGCUUUAUUGGUAGCAUUGAACUUUUGCUUUGAAGCAGCAGUUUGGGUAGCCCAAUUUUUCCAAACGUGAGGGGAUCUGUAGUGCAAUUUUUGCUAAUUGAGUUUAACAAACAGGAGGAUCUGGGUUUUUAGUUGGCGUGGCAGUUCAAAGUUAACUUACAGCAUCUAGAGAAGCAAUUGUUCAUCUGGCAAAGGGAAUGAUUUGAACAGCUCUGAACAUUCGCAGUGAGUUAUGAAGGAAAUUGUGACUGUCCAACUUGGAGGUUUUGCCAACUUCAUUGGCUCUCACUUUUGGAACUUUCAGGAUGAGUUGCUUGGGUUGGCUGGGGAUCCCCAUGCGGAUCCUGUCUACAAGAAUAAAUCUUUGGAUAUGGAUGUGUUCUAUCGUGCUGGUGAAACACCACAGGGUAUUCUUACCUAUACUCCUCGCUUGGUCUUAGUCGAUUUUCAAGGAUCUCUCGGUUCCCUUAGUUCAGGUGGUUCAUUAUAUAGUGAGAUCCCAUCUGAUCCGGUUGUCACAUGGACUGGCAGUGUUUCCAGGCAUGUUUCUGAACCACGCAAGAAGAAUCUGUUUUUGCAAAGCUUGUAUGAGGAAGAGCAAGAGACCCCAAGUAUGCCAAGAAAUGAUGAGGAUGAUGAACAUCAAAGCGAAAUGCAGGACAAAGACAUUGUUGAGUGUCUAGAGAACAAUGUUCAGUAUUGGACGGAUUUCUCAAAAGUGCACUAUCAUCCUCGAAGUUUAUAUGAAUUGAAUGGACUAUGGAUGGAUGUUCAAGAAUUUAACAAUUAUGGAAUUGGCAGAAAUGUCUUCUCUGAGGGUUCAAGGGGAGAAGAAAUGAAUGAGCAGUUGCGGUUCUUUAUGGAAGAAUGUGACCACAUUCAGGGUAUCCAAUUCAUUGUUGAUGACUCGGGAGGUUUUUCCAGUGUUGCUUCAGAUUUCUUAGAGAAUAUUGCAGAUGAAUACACAAGAACUCCAGUUUUGCUUUAUGCUGCACGAGGCCCUGGCACUUAUAUGAACAAUACAAGUCGGAAGGAGUCCAUCUCAAGAGCUCUUCAUGAUGCAGUCUCAUUUUCAAGACUAUCAUCCUUCUGCAAUUUGAUUGUACCUGUUGGAUUACCUUUCCUGAGUCAAAUGUCUAACUUCCUCUGCAUAGACGACUCAAAGCCUUACCAUUGCAGUGCGGUUUAUGCUGCUGCUCUGCAUUCCAUGAGUCUCCCAUUCCGGAUGGAGCAGCUUGGACCGAGUGAAAUCUUAGAUGAUGUCUCUGGUGCUGUGGAUGUUAAUGGGGUCAUACAAAUGUUAGCUGGUCAAGCAAGGGAAAAUAUGGUGGCUAUUCUGGAUGCUGCAAUGCCAGCUCCUCCUUUGACUGGUGAACAAAAGAAGCAAUCUUUGCAAAAGAGUUUGCGUUCCUUGACACCAGAGGUUGCGGAGGAUGUGGAAGACGUGCAAGCAGUAGAGCACCUGACCAUUCAUGGAGCCCUCAGAUCAGGAGCUAGUCGGACCACAAUCUCUGAAGUACAGGUUUCAUUCUAUGCUGGUUAUCAAAAUUCAUCAACGAGACCAAGGUUCUCACAUAUUUCAGUAGCUCACUGCCCUCUCCCGAUACCACUGCCUUUUCCUUCAAUCUUUGGGAAUCUUGUAGGCCAACAUGGGGAGCUUCUGGGCAACCCAGUAACUGGGUCUAGAAGGGGAUCACUCGAUGUUCAUUCUAUCCCUAUGGCAGCAAGAUUACGUUCUAGCACUGCUAUCUUGCCAUACAUUGAGAAACGAUCGGUCAAUCUUCGCAGGUUUGGGAUUGAUAGGGGAACUUCAGGGUCUGAGCUAGCUCGUAGUUGGGGUUUUGGUAAGGAUGAAUUAGAGGACAUGGGAGAAGGAUACUCUAAGAUAAUUACAGCUUUGGAUCCGCAUUCUGCAGUAUCCUCUGAUUCGGAAUAAGGUUUCAGUCGGAUAUGUCCGGUUUUUUCACCGUGGUGUUCUUAUUUUUAUUUAGGAAAGUUUUUUGUGUACACUUGUAACAUAUCAUGAGUAGUAAUCGAUGAGAAGAUGUCUUCAUCUUUGAUAAAAUUUUGGCCAGAAAAUAUAGUUUCAUUUCGGUCGUUUCUCUGAUGAUGAUCAGUACCAAGUUCAAUGUCAGCAAUCAGCGACCUUGGUAUAUACAAGCAGUUGAAGUCACCUAGCACUGUCUUCACCAAUCAA